AUGGACAGUACUUUGCCGUUACAUUACACACGUCAUCCAGUUCAAGAAGAGGCUUCUCACGCGAUUCGACUGUUAGCACUGAAAGAACUCGGACGGCGAGAUGCUUGGCUUUCAUAUGGACAAGAGUUUUCGAAUUUAAAUGGGACAUUUACUUUAACGUUUCUUUCUCUCUCUCUCUCUCUCUCCCUUUUUCUUUCUCAGUCGCUUGAAUUCAUAUUGUUUUAUAUCUAUUCUCAGAUAAUCAUUUAUUUAUCUGAGUUUUCUUUUCUUCUUCUUUCCUUUUACUUCAUUUUACUCUUUCUUGAUAAUACUUUCCGUUUUAUAUCUUUUUUUAAUUUUUUCUUUACUACCGACUCCCUCAACUCAAAUAUUUCCCUAGUCAAUUUCUCUUUUCCUUUUAACGUCUCCUUCUUUCAACAGACUUUCCCUCCUUUACAUCAAACUGCUCCCAAGUGCCGCCAUAUUUAA